CUCAAACGUGUACGUGAGCACGCCGGCCACCGUAACCUAGCACUUGACUCCGUCAUGCACCGCGUAGAGUUUUACAAGAAGCGUGGAUUCACCGUCGAGUCGUUCAUGACUGAGCUACGAUACUACUCAGUCGAUCACGCCAAGCUUGCAGCAUCCCUGAAGCUGGAAGAUGAUGCCAAUAUCAUAGUGAAGCCAUACAGCGAGGAGAUGCUGCAAGCUGUACUCGACUACGACAAGUCCAUCGCUGGGCAGGACCGCGGAGACUACCUGCGUCCCUGUUUACAGGCUUAUAAGAAGCUGGUGUUUGUUGCAACAGAUGCUGAAGGCAAGCUAACAGGUUAUGUCGUUGCCAUCAACAUGACUGGGGAAGUGAGUUACGGCAUCUUCCCACUCUACGGGGACACGGAACAGGUACAGAGUGAUCUGAUGAGGCAGGUGUUAAUGGCCCUGCCGAAUGGAUCAAAGAUCACUUUCUAUACACCUGACAACAACGCGCCUGUGGCAAGGAUGAUAGAGGCACUAGGAGCUAAGACUGUGCUAAAUUCAAAGCGACUGUACACGAAGCACGAAGUAAAGCUACCAUUUAAAAAGGUCGGGUCUGUUCUUAAUUAUGUUGCCUUCGGAAUCUAGCGCAAGAAGAUCUUUUAAUCUGGCUAUCAUAUUAAUGAUUUUAGAGUUAGUGGUAAUUCUGCAAUCAACUACUCCGAAACGCAAAGAAAUACAACUUGCCAUCUUGGUCAAAAAGAUGGUCACAUAUGCUCAUUGGGCAUCAACGUUAAACAGCAUCAACAUCAAGUCAGAAUCUUUGGCGGGUGGUAGCCGCGAUACCACAAUCCCUAACAAAUAUCAAAAUUAUGUAAAUAUCUAGAA